AUGCCCCUGAAUGAGACCAGCCGUUAUGCCCGUAUGCGAACCCCAGCAUGGCUCAAUCCAUCCCCUCAACCACCAUCAGAUGCCCAGAAAGAACGCCGCCGACCGAAUAAUGCGCUUAUCAACGAUCCUAAUUCCGAUAUCCUUGUCGACUUGAACUCGCAGCAAGGUUUCUACGAAGCGGCAAAGAAGAAGAAAACAAAAACGCCUUCUGCUCCUCCACCGCCGCCGCCGCCUCCUGCGGCUCCACCAGCAGACGAUGGUCAAAAGGAUGACAAUACUGGAGGAGAUGGAGGAGCCAGUGGAGGAGACGCUGCAGGCGGCGCCGGUGACGGAAAUGGCGAUGGCAAUAGCAACUCGCCCCCGAAGCCUCCCACAACCUUCGAGAAUAUUAACCUCGGAGAGAACAAAUUAGAUCUUGGUUUGAGCCCACCAGAAUCCAAAGGCAUUUCUAGUUCAUGGGGCGCGAAAUUGGGCUUUGGAGGAGGAGGAUGGGGCUGGGGCGUAGGAGGGAAAAGCGAAACGUCACAGGCACCAGCACCAGCACCAGCACCGGCACCGCCGCCACCACAAGAAAACAAGGCUGAAGAGAACCCCUGGGACAAACCUAAAGAUAGAAUAGGAGGAAUUGAAGAAGAUGACGAUGGUUGGGGCUUUGGUGCCAAGAAGGAGAAGAAGAAGGGUUCCACGCUCUGGGGCGCUGAACCUGACGAGGGACCAAAAGAUGGUGAUGAUCCUUGGGGUUGGAGUGGUCAAAAAAAGAAGGGCAAAGCUGGUGGCAUUCUGGAAGAACUUGCCCUCGAUUCCGAUACUGCACCUCCGAACGGAAAGAAGGAUAUUUGGGAUACUUGGGGAAUAUCCAAAAAAGAUCGGGCCAAGAAGAAGGGUAUCAUGGAGGAAGUUGCGUUGGCAGCUGCACCUGAACCCCCUUCAAUGGAAGAUCAGUGGGGUGGCUGGUCCGGGAAAAAGGAGCAUUCACAAAGUUCACUUUGGGGAGCUCAAGAUUCAAUACCCGCGCCUGCACCUGAUCCCCCUUCAUUUGAAGACAAGGACGGUGACGACUUUUGGAGUACUUUUGGCACUGGAAAGGCAAAACCUCCGGCAGAGGAGACGAGUGGAUGGGGAUCAUGGGGUGUGGGACAGAAAGGUGAGGAUGAAACAAGUGAGUCAAAUUUCUUUAAAGCUCAUCAAAUCCCAGAGCCGCCUAAUAAAGAAGACGACGGUUGGGAUCUAUGGGGAACAGGUAAGAAAAAGAAGAAAGCUGGCGACUUGAUUCAAAUAGAGGAUGAUAUCCCUCCUCCCGCCCCCGAUCCCGUCGAGGCUGUUGGCACCGACGACCUCCUCGAUUCUUGGGGUUUUGGCAAGAAGCCCAAGAAACCGGCCGCUGACCCGUUCGAUUUUAAAACUUCCGGCGCCGAUGAUCCUAACGAUGCUUUUUGGGGUUCAAUAGACAACAAGAAGCCUAAUGCACAUGAGUUUCUUAUCGAUGCUACUGGAGACCCAGAGCAAGCCGCCAGAGAAGCUGAAGAGCAAGCCGCUCGCGAAGCUGAGGAAGCCGAGGCCGCUCGUGAAGACGAAGAGAUUGCCUGUCUCUUGGACAAGAAAUCUAAAAGAGGAGGUCGGCUUCUUAAGACAGAUCGAGAACGUCUUGUUCUUCUCGAAGGGAAUGCCACACGAAGAGCCGAGGCUCGAGCUACUCGCGAGGCCGAGAUCGAAGCUGCUAAUGAAGCUGCACAAGCCGCCGCUGACGCUCAAGCAGCAGCUGACGCCGAAGCUGUCGCUUUACAGGCCGCGGAAGACGCUGAAGCCGCAAAGGAGAACGAGGAGCUUGCGACACUAUUAGCGAAGAAGCAGAAGCGCAACGGGAAGUUGCUAAAAAAGGAUCAAGAACGCCUUACUCUGCUCGAAGGGAAUAUCUCAAGGAGGGCCGAAGCUCAAGCAGCCCGGGAAGCCGAAGCCAUUGCUGCUGCUCCAGUUGCCCCGGCGGCACCUCCUAGUGAACUCCUUUCUCAAGAGACAGAGCGGGAUGGCCUUGCUACGGAAGCAGCUGUAGAAGCUGACACUGCACUUGCCGCCGAAAUUGCGCAGGAAGAGGCGGAAAUAGAGAACCUGCAGUCGAAGAAGGCGAAGAAAGGAAAACUUCUCAAAAAAGAGCAGGAACGGCUGAAUCUCUUGAUCGACAAUGCGGCGAAACGAGCUGAGGAACAAGCAGCGAAAGAAGCAGAAGAGCAGGCGGCAGCGACAGCGGCAGCAGCUGAAGCCGAAGCCGAAGCCGCUGCCCAAGCUGCCGCAGACGCCGAGGCUGCAGUUCAAGCCGCUGCAGAUGCUGAAGCUGAGGUAGCUGCUAAGGAAGAGGAGGAAAUGGCAGCGCUGAAAGCCAAGAAAGCCAAGAAGGUCAAGCUAACAAAGAACGAAACAACUCGACUAAUGGCCUUGGUUGGCAACUCAGUAAAGCGAGCUCAGGAAAAGUCUGUCAAAGAGGCUGAGGAAGCAGCCGCGGCGCAGGCUGCUAAGGAAGCCGAGGAGUCUGCAGCCCGUGAAGCAGAUGCGCUGGCAGCCCGUGAGGCUGAAGCGACCGAUGCCCGUGAAGCGGAGGCUGCAGCUGCUGCCGAAGAAGAGAAGGAACUUGCAGAUCUUACCGCUAAGAAGAUCAAGCGUGGCGGUAAUCUGAUUAAGAAGAAGGAUGUGGAGCGUUUUGAUGUCCUUACUCAACGGGCUGCCGAACGAGCCGAACGAGCCGCUAAGCAAGCUGAAGCGAUUGGUGCUAUUGAAGCUCAAGGGGAGCUUGCAGAAGCCACCCACGGAAAUGCAGAGGUGGUGGCCGAAGCUCAAACCGAGCCAGAGCCUGAGCAACCGCUUGUAGACAUAGACACAACAUCUACUGAUCCUGAUCCUGUUACAGGUCCUGACACAGCUAUUAUCGCAGAGGAAGAAGCAGAGUUAGCCGGUCUAGACGCAAAGAAGAUAAGGAAAGGCAAGCUUGGCAAAAAGGAUACAGAGCGGUAUAAUAUCCUCACAGAAAAUGCUGCGCAACGACUAGCUGCAAAAGAAGCAGAAGAAGCGGCAGCCGCUGCCGUGGCUGAGGCCGAGGCUGUAAAAGAGGCCGAGGAAGCUGCAGCCGCAGCAGAAGCGGAAGCCAUAACAGCAAGCGAAGCUGAAGCUAUCCUGAUUGCUGAUGAAGAGGCAGAGCUUGCCACUCUUGCUGCCAAGAAGGCCAAAAGAGGGAAGCUUGUCAAAAGGGACGCCGACCGUUUUAAUAUUCUGACAGAAAAUGCUGCGCAGCGACAAGCCGCUAAGGAAGCAGAAGAAGCAGCUGCCGCUGCUGUGGCAGCGGAGGCCGAGGAGCAGGCUGCAAAGGAAGCGGAAGAAGCAGCAGCGGCUGAAUCUGCUGCUGCCAUAGAGGCGGCUGAAGCAGAGGCAGCAGCAGCUCGUGAAGCAGAGGAUGCAGCUAUUGCCGAGGAAGAAGCUGAGCUGGCUAUGUUAACCACCAAGAAAGCUAAGAAGGGCAAGCUUGCAAAGAAAGAUGCUGAUCGAUUUGCUGUUUUAUCGGAAAAUGCACAAAGGCGGGCUCAAGAAAUAGCCCAGACUACCGAGGAACCUGAAGAUCCUAUACUGGAACCCGAGACAGAAGUUAACGAACCUUCUCCCGAACCAGCUACAGAUGUGGUUUCUGCCGAGGCUGAAGACCCUGAUGCUAUUGCAGCUGCUGAAGCAGAAGCCGCUGCUAUUGCUGACGAAGAAUCCGAACUUGCUGCUUUGAUUGCCAAGAAGGAGCGAAAGGGCAAGCUUGGGAAGAAAGAUACCGACCGCUUUAACCUUCUCACUGCUAAUAGCACAGCACGGGCAGAGAAAGCGUCCCAAGAAGAGGCAGCUGCUCAAGCCACUGCUGAGGCUGAAGCAGCCGCACAAGCUGAAGUGGAGCAGGCAGCUGCGGCUGAGGCUGCUGCUCUUGAAGAGGCUGCAGCUAGAGAGGCUGCAGAGGCAGAAGCUCUCCUUAUUGCCGAAGAGGAGGAUGAGUUAGCUGCUCUGAGUGCAAAGAAGAAUAGGAAGGGCAAACUCGGGAAAAAGGAUAGUGACCGAUUUGCUAUCCUGACCGAGAACGCAACUCAACGAGCCGGGAAGGCUGCUGCGUCAGAAGUGAUGAAAGAGGCUGUUCUUGAAGUUCAAGAUCUCCCUGCUGAAAUUCCUGCCGAGGCUGAAGCCGAAGUCGACGCUGAAGCAGCUGAGGCCGCCGCUAUCGAGGCAGAAGCAGCUGCCAUUGCUGCUACUAUUGCUGCCGAAGAGGAAGAGGAGCUAGCUGCCUUGAUUGCCAAGAAAGACAAAAAGGGCAAACUAGGCAAAAAGGAUAGCGACCGAUUUGCUUUCCUUACCGAAAACGCUGCACAAAGAGCCAGAAAUACAGCACAUGAAGAAGCCGCUGAGGAUGACCAAGAAGCCGCUAUCGCCGAGUCUGUAGAUAUCAAUGAUCGCCCAGCUGAUAUCGAGGACUCACUAUUCGAGAAUGCUCCAGAGCCACCAGUUGUUGAAGAGGAGGCGACCCUUGAAGAAGAUUCUGCAGCUGCAGCUGCAGAGGCUAUAGCCUUGGUUGCCGCCGAGGAACAAGAAAUUGCAGACCUAGAGGCGAAGAAGGCAAGGAAAGGCAAGCUGGGUAAGAGGGAUACAGAACGAUAUGCCAUCCUCAUUGAAAACGCCGCUAAGAGAGCUGAAGAGCAAGCAACUAAGGAGGCCGAGCUCGCUGCUAUUGAGUUUGCUGAAGCUGAGGCUGCUGCUGCUGCUGCUGCUGAGGAAGAGGCGGUGGCUAGAGAGACCGCUGAAAUUGAGGCUGCGGCAGUGAUCGCCCAAGAGGAAGAAGAGCUUGCUGCCCUAGAAGCAAAAAAGCAGAGAAAAGGGAAGCUAGGACGCAAAGAUACAGAUCGAUUUGACUAUCUUUUGGGAAACAAUGUUGCAAGGGAAGCACAGAUUGCUGAGGAACGAGCUGUAAAGGAAGCCGAAGAGCAAGCAUUUCAAGAAGCUGCAGCUGCUGAGGCAGCCGCCGCUGCCGAGGCUGAAGACAUAGCCUCAAGAGAGGCUGCUGAAGCCGAAGCUGCGGCUGUUGCUGACGCUGAGGAGCAAGAACUGGCCAUCUUAGCAGCCAAGAAGGCCAAGAAGGGUAAACUAGGACGCAAGGAUACAGAGCGUUUUGAGCAGUUAUCUUUGAAUGCUGUGAAACGAGCCGAGAAACAAGCGGCCCGUGAGGUUGAGGCUGCUGCUGAGGAAGCCCCGGCCGUAGAAGAGCUACUUGGCGAAGAAGAGCUUGAAGAACGAACCCCGGAACCUGAAGGGACUGUCGAAGAAGCCCCUGAUGCCCCGGUUCCCGAUAUUGACGAUGAAGCCGCUGCCGAGGCCGCUGCCAUAGCCGCAGAAGAAGAAGCAGAGCUUGCUUCUCUCGAAGCCAAGAAGGCUCGGAAAGGAAGACUCGGAAGUAAGGAUACCCAGAGAUUCACAUUUUUAACCGAAAACGUUUCAAGGCGCGCUGAAGAGCAGGCAUCAAAGGAUGCCGCCGCUCAAGCUCUGGCCCUGACUACCUCAGGAGAUGUUGCUGAAGAAGAAGAAGAAGAAGGAGGAGGAGGAGGAGAAGAAGAAGAAGAAGAAGAAGAAGAAGAAGAAGAAGAUAUCCCCGGCCAGGAAGAUGCUGAAGCUGCUGCUAUCGAAGCUGAAGCCGCCGCUAUAGCUGCUACUAUUGCUGCUGAAGAAGAGGAGGAGCUUGCCGCUCUUACCCUUAAAAAGACGCGAAAGGGCAGACUUGGCAGAAAGGAUACAGAACGCUUUGAUUUGUUAAUGCGAAAUGCAGCUAUACGCGCGGAAGAACGUGCCAUUAAGGAAGCUGAACUUGACGGUGAGGCCGAAGAAUUGAUACCUGAAGAGGUUGAUGAUAAUCCUGAACCCGAGCCCGAGGAGAAUCAUGAUGCUGAAGAAGUAGCUGCUCAGGAGGCAGCCGAAGCCGAAGCCAGAGCUAUUGCUGCGGAGGAAGCGGUGGAACUUGCAGCGCUAAACAAGAAGAAAGCAAAGAAGGGUAAACUGGGCCGUUCUGAUACUGAGCGAUUCAACAUACUUGUCGCCAAUGCUGCAAAGCGAGCCGAAGCUGAGGCGGCCAAGGAAGCAGGAGAGGAUUUAGGAGACGCCCCCCGAGCUGAGGAAGAGGAGGACGAUGAAUUUGUUGAUGCUGAAGAUGGCGAGGAAGACGAGCUGGCCAAGGAGCUAGAAUCUGAAGCCGAAGAACUUGCUGAGCCUGAUCUACAGGAAGAUGAAACGGCUAUAGCCGAAGCUAUGUUAGCUAAGGCAGCGGCACAAGCUGCCUUUAUCGCAGAAGAAGAGGCCGAGUUAGCUGCGUUGACGAGGAAGAGGCUUAAGAAAGGAAAAUUAGGCCGCAAAGAUACUGAAAGAUUCCAAGCGUUGACAGAGAAUUCUGCUAAACGUGCCGAGGAGGCGGCAAUCCGCGAUGCAGAAGACGCAGUUGCAGAGGCAGCAGAGCUUCGUGAACCCCAACCCGAACCAGAACUAGAAUCUGAAGCUGCUGAACCCGAGCGUGAAGAUAAUGGCCUGGGGGAGGCUGAACAAGCGGUAAUCGCUGAGGAAGAGGCAGAACUGGCAGCUUUAAUGAAAAAGAAGGCAAAGAAGGGAAAACUUGGUCGAAAGGACACCGAGAGAUUUAUCGUCUUGUCAGAAAAUGCUACCCGCCGUGAACAAGAGCGAGCUGCUGUUGAGGCUGAGACUGAAGCCGUUCUGGAGGAGGCUGAUAUCGAAGCCGUGGGAGAGACUGGAGGAGAGGAGCCUGAGCCUGAGCCUGAGCUGGGGCCUGAGCCUUUAGAAACACAAGACGAAGAAGCUGCAGCCCGAGAAGCUGAAGAGGCAGCUAUUGCGAGGGAAGAGGAAGUCGAGCUCGAGGCCCUUAAAGCCAAGAAAGUAAGAAAGGGCAGGUUAGGUAGAAAAGAUACCGAACGCUUUGCUAUAUUGGAGGAGAAUGCAGCAAGGCGUGCAGAAGAACGUGCUGCCGCUGAGGCUGCUAUAGCUAAUCCACCUGAGGAAGACGGUGAAGGUGAGGAGAAGGAGGAGGACGGGGAGGAGGAGGAGGAGGAGGAGGAGGAGGAGGAGGAAGAAGAGGAGGAAGAAGAGGAAGAGGAGGAGCCUAAGGCAGACGAAAUGGCAAUCCAAGAAGCAGAGGAGGCAGCAGCUCGGGAAGCAGAGGAGGCAGCUAUUGCUGAGGAGGAGGAGGAGCUCGAAGCCCUUCAAGCAAAGAAGUCAAGAAAGGGCAGACUGGGAAGAAAAGACACCGAGCGGCUUCAAGUCUUGGAAGAUCAUGCGGCGAAACGCGCCGAAGAACGCGCCGAUAAGGAAGUAGCAGCUGUUGAAGAAGACCUGAGAGUUGAUGAUACUCAAGAGGAGGAGCAGGAGGAGGAAGAAGAAAAUGAAGUCGAGGAAGAGGACGAGGACGAGGACGAGGAUAUCGAUAAUGGCGAAGUGGGAAAGGGGGGAGACGAUGCUGAUGCUGAGGAGGCAGCAGCAGCAGCAGCAGCAGCGAGAGAAGCCGAGGAGGCGGCAGUUAAAGAGGCGGCAGAAGCCGCAGCUCGUGAUGUGGUCACGAAAGAACUUCAGGAGCUUGACUCCCUCCAGUUCAAGAAAGCAAGAAAAGGUAGACUCGGCAGAAAAGAUACCGAACGACUCAGAGUUCUAGAGGAGAACGCUAUCCAGCGUGCUGCAGAGCUAGCCACCAAAGAAGAGGCUGCCGCAGCAGCAGAAGGUGAGGAAGCGGAUCCAGUCGAAUUUGGCAACCCUCCUGAAGAUGAUAAGUCGGACAUUGAAGCCGAGGACAACGAUGAGGAUCAAGAAGCGGACGCUGAAGACACUGCGAAUAAAGAACCGUGUGACGUCGAAAAUGAAGCUAUUCUCGGCGAAGACGAAGAAAAGGAACCAGAGGUACUGCCAGAGGAUCAAGUCCCGGAAACCCCCGCGGAUGAUGAGAUUGUCGAAGUUAUCGACUUAUCGCCAAAGAGAGAAAGGAAGGGUAGGAAGAGCAAAUCUCGCCGCGAUGCUCCUCCGCCUCCUCCAGUUCCAGAUCCUCCGUUGACGCCACCACCUGAGCCGAAGCAGUCUCGAAGGCCCAAAAUUCAUCGCGAAGGAACCUCAUUUGGUCGCUGGGCCGCGACACCACAUGAAGAGAGGGAUGAGCCCCAAGAGAAGUCAACUAGACAUAGACGGCGAGAGGAAAAGACCUCGUCCAAGGGUUCCUCGUCCGAUAAAGUCGAGAAGACUCCAUCACGAUCUCGUGGCACUGCUUUGUUCAGUAAACCCCCACUUACGCGUUCCGCUACCACGCGCGAUAAGAAAGACGGCAUCAGCAGCAAACGUCGCCACUCCACCAAUGCUCGCGGACUUGUAUCGCCUCCUCCUGAAGAUGUGCUCAUGGGCGAGGAUGAAUUAAGCAAUCGCCGCAAGUCGCGUAAGCCUCGAUUGCGCGAAGAUGAAGAUGCAAUGAUGUCCGGCGCUGCUCCUGUGCCUGAUAGGUAUGACCGACGUCGUUCAAAUAAACCACGGUCGCACGAGGACGAUGAUUUGGUUAUGGUAGAUCCUGAAGUCGCGCCCGAUAGACGCGAGCGCCGCCGGUCUCACAAACCACGAUCUCGCGAAGAGGAAGAAGUCGCCGCGGUCGAUACCGAACGUCGCCGGCGAACCAAGAGAUCGAGGGAUGAAGAGCCCGUGAUGGUGGAGCCUGACGUUCCUUUUGACGCACCUCCUCGAAGUUCCAAGAAGUCCUCAGGUUUCGCUGGCCUUUUUAGUGGUUUGCGAACGCCGAAGACUGAACGACCUGACCCUCUGCGACGUCGCAGUACCUAUGCGACAACUGACGACGAAGCCUUACGCAGCGCCAAAAUGGAUGGCGAUGCAGUAUUAGUGGAUGCUGACCGCGAAGCAAGACGCGCUGCACGCAGGGCCAAGAGGGCUGCUGAAAACGGUCCUGACCCCGAGGAAGCAGCGCGUCGAGCUCGAGAUGAGAUACGCCGUGAACGGCGUCGACAGCGCGAGGAAGAAACCGAUGCUCCAAAGCAAGAUAAAGAGGCCCGCCGUGCUGAACGCAGGCGACAGCGUGAUGAAGAUGCAAGACGAGCCCAGGAGGAGCGACAAGCGCAAGAAGAACAACAACGACUGCAAGAGGAAAAGGAGGCACAAAGAGCUGAACGCAGGCGCUUGCGUAGAGAACAGGAAGCAGCCGCUGCCGCAGAACAAGCCGAAGAUGAAGAGGCUCGUCGAGCUGCCAAACGUGAACGCCGCCGCCGCGACACAAAACGAGCUGCUCGAGGUGUAGAAGAGGAGGAAGGUCGUCAGCGACGAAGUCAGCAAUCUGCAGACGAAUAUAAUCAGCGGAGAUCCCAUCGCCGCGAAGAGAGACCGCAGGCUCCGGCUUGGCCUCAUUCUGGAACUUCAUCAUGGGUUAAGGAGCACUCUGACGCACCCCCUCCUCCUGACCUCGGUGACGGGGGUGAAGCAAAUGGUGGACAGACCGAGGACGAGAUGGCAAGACGUGAAGCUCGCCGAGCUCAUCGAUCGAAAUACGAGGAAGAGCCCACAGAAGAGGCCGAAGAUCGGCGAAGGCGACGAGCAAGGCGAGACGACCGCGAGCGCGGUGGCCGAGACAGAGAACGUCACCGAGAUAGGCGCUCGGAAGGUAGCGACGAGCGACAUCACACCCGUCGAGCGUCAACCUAUAUGGAGGCAACAACAACACCUCGCACAAGUUGGUGGAAGAAGAUCGCUGGAUGA